AUGGCCGAGGGGGACCCCGCGGUGUUCACGGCCCCAGCGCUGCCCGCGGACCCGCGGCUGCUGCCCACAGUGACGAACGCCUACCUGGGCACCCGUGUGUUCCGCGACAUCCUGCACGUGGGCGGCGUGUACAGCGGGGCCGCAGGGGACACCCACCGCGCCGACGUCCCCAGCCCCCUCAGCGUGCGCAUGGCCCUGCCUGGCACGGACAGCCCCGCCCAGACCUUCGCCCUGAACACCCGGACAGGGACCUUCAGCCACACAAUUCAGUCCCCUGGUUAUGUGGCCACCCAGCAGCUCUAUGCCCACCACUCCCUGGUCCACCUGAUGGCCUUCAGUGUCACCAUCCAGCGCUUGGAUCGCUCCACAGAGCCCAUCACCAUCCAGCUCCAGACCUCGUUCGUGCCACAGAGCCAGGACCUGGACCUGACCCCAGGGCCAGACUUCCAGGGAGCACACUACAUCUAUGGGCAGACGCUGGUUCCCGAGGUGGAGGGGGGACCCCGACCCACUGUUCACAUGCUCUGGACGCCCGUCCCACCCUCCCUGACGCUGGGUGGGGAGGAGCAGGAGCGCUGCUGGGAGUUCCUGACGGCCGUGGCAGAAAGUGAGGAGGAGGCCAAGAGGAGCUACGUGCAGGGGCUGUCCCUGGUGGCAACGGGGGCCCUGCACCGCUCCCACAUCCGCACCUGGGCCGCGCUGUACCGGGGCUGCUCCGUGCAGCUGGAGGGGCCCCCUGCCCUGCAGCAGGCCCUCCACGGCUGCCUCUACUACCUGCUGAGUGCCCUCCCACCCCGGGGCAGCCCGGGAUUCGUCUUCCAUGGCAUCAGCCCUGGCGGCUUGUCCAACGGAACCCGGGGGGAGGACUACUGGGGACACAUCUUCUGGGACCAGGACACCUGGAUGUUCCCCAACAUCCUGCUGCUUUACCCUGAAGCUGCCCGAGCCAUCCUGGAGUACCGGAUCCACACGCUGGAAGGAGCCGUACACAACGCACGGGAACAAGGCUACAAGGGAGCCAAGUUUCCGUGGGAGAGUGCAGCCACUGGCCGUGAAGUCUGCCCCGAGGAGAUCUAUGGAGCCCAAGAGAUCCACAUCACCGGGGAUGUCCUGGUGGCCUUUGAGCAGUAUUACUGCACCACACAGGACCAGAAGCUGUUCCAGGAGGAUGGAGGCUGGGAGCUGGUGGAAGCCGUAGCUCAGUACUGGUGCAGCAGGAUGGUGUGGAGUGAGGAGGAGCAGCUCUACCACAUCAGAGGUGUCAUGCCCCCAGACGAGUAUCACCACCAGGUCGAUAACUCUGCUUACACCAACGCCGUGGCCCGGCGCAGCUUAAACUUUGCCGCUGAAGUUGCUCGGGACCUGAUGCUCCCAGUGCCAGAGGAGUGGGAGGACUGUGCCAGGAAAAUCAAAGUGCCUUUUGAUGCACAGAGGCAAUAUCACCCCGAGUAUGAUGGCUACAGCCCAGGGGAGCCAGUGAAACAAGCUGACGUGGUCCUGCUCGGGUUCCCACUGAUGCAUCCCAUGAGCACUGAGGUCCGGAGGAACGACCUGGAGACAUAUGAGCCUGUCACCGACCCGGCUGGGCCUGCCAUGACCUGGAGCAUGUUUGCCGUGGGCUGGCUGGAGCUGAAGGAGGUGCAGAGAGCCCAGAGCCAACUGUACAAGUGCUUCAGCAACAUCACAGAGCCCUUCAAGAUCUGGGUGGAGAACUCGGAUGGUUCGGGAGCUGUGAACUUCCUGACAGGGAUGGGUGGAUUUCUGCAAGCCAUCCUCUUCGGCUACACAGGGUUCAGGAUCACAAGGUCCAGCCUCCGCUUCAAUCCUGCCUUUCCCCACGACAUCACCAAGCUGAAACUCUCCGGCAUCUCCUACUUGGGCAACAAACUGGAUUUCACCAUCACCACAGCAGAGAUCAGCGUGGAAGUGACUGAGACCUCCAGAGACCCUCUGGCAUCUCCCCUGGAGGCAGUACUGGAGUCGGGGCACCAUUUUCCCCUGUGGGAGGGGCAGAGUGUCUCCUUCCCCACAGUGCCCGGCUGGAUCCAGAAGUCACCCUCCAGGACCACCUAAGCCUUGGCUGAUCCAGGUUUUGCCAGCUGGACCAGCAGAUCUGGGAUAUUGAGAAAGGGGGAAGGUAACAGCGGGCAGAGUGGGGGUCCCAGGCUGUGCCAUGAACCCUUAACCCCCCAGGACUGAGUGUGCCACCUGUCCUUGUGUUCCCGGGAAGGGGGGAUGUCCACAGAGCUGUGACCAUGGCAGGGGGUCAGCAUGUCUGUUCUGGGGGCACUGAGCCCCAGAAUCCCCUUCGCACACCUCCAGGUUCUCUCACUUGGCACAGAUGAAAUCAAGCCUGAAAAUGACCAUUUCAAAUGAGUUUUCUAAACAC